AUGCCCCUUUGCGGAGGUUCUAAAAACGUCCAGCGCAAGCUGGUGCUGCUUGGCGAUGGUGCCUGCGGUAAAACAUCCCUGCUAAACGUCUUUACGAGAGGCUACUUUCCCACUGUGUACGAACCGACUGUCUUUGAGAACUAUGUCCAUGACAUUUUUGUCGACAGCGUCCACAUUGAACUGUCGCUAUGGGACACUGCCGGUCAGGAGGAAUUCGACCGUCUGCGCUCGCUCUCAUACGAUGACACCGACCUCAUCAUGCUGUGCUACUCGGUAGACAGCAAGGACUCGCUGGAAAACGUCGAGUCCAAGUGGGUUGGCGAGAUUGCCGACAACUGCGCCGGCGUCAAGCUGGUCCUCGUCGCGCUCAAGUGCGAUCUCCGCGAGCAGACCGAAGACGAAGAACCGGACGAGGCCGGCGCCAGCGCCCCCGCCCCCGAGACGGCCGAGCCCCGCGAGAAGAAGCCCCUCAUUUCCUACGAGCAGGGCCUCGAAGUCGCCCGCCGCAUAGGGGCCUCGCGCUACCUCGAGUGCUCUGCCAUGAAGAACCGUGGCGUCAACGAAGCGUUUACCGAGGCGGCCCGCGUAGCUCUGAGCGUCAAGAAGGAGCGCGAGGAGAGCAAGUGCGUCAUUAUGUGA